AUGAAUAAUCUGAUGCAGCCUCCGAUUGUUGCUGAGGGGAAGAGUGUGGUAGUGACCAAAGACAAAGGACAGUGGCUUGUACUGCGAUGGGGGUCUUGGCUGCUGGCUAGGUACCAGCCGUGCGACCCGCACAUCAUCUGUAACCGGGUGCAACACGUCAGCAACUGCCUGGAGGAGCUGCAGCGGCAGGCAUCGUGUCGGAGGGCGGAGCUGGAGGGAUCGCGCUGCCUCUGGACAUUCUUCCAGGAGAUGGAGGAGGCGGAGGGCUGGAUCCACGAGAAAGAGCAGGUCAUCUCCUCGACCAACUGCGGCAAGGACGUGGACAGUGCUACACGGCUGCUGAGCCAGCAUGAGGUACUGAUGGGGGAACUGGUGGCUCGCUGCAGCCUCCUCACUCAGACCAUCACCAAGGGUGAGCAGAUCCUGGCACAGAAACAUUUCGGCACGGGAAAAAUCCAGGAACGGAUCCUGGAGGUGCGGCUGCAGUGGAAAACUCUGGACGAGUUGGUGACGCUGAGGCAGCAGCGGAUCCAGGAGGCGCUCAGCUUCUUCCAGUUCAAGGCCGACGCCGAUGACCUGGAGCAGUGGCUGCAGGAUGCCUACCGCCUGGCCUCCAGCGACGACUUCGGGCACGACGAGUACUCCACCCAAUCGCUGGCCAAGAAGCACCGCGGCCUGUCCGAGGACCUUGAACAGCAUCGCCGGUUGGUCCACGCCCUGCGCACUCAGGCCAGCAGCCUGGCCCCCGAAUACCUAGAGCCGGGCGAGGUGCAGAGCCGCGUGUUGGAGCUCGAGACCCUGUACUCUGAGGUGAAGGAGGUGGCGGGCCUACGCAGGCAAUGGCUGCAGGAUGCACUGGCGGUUUACCACAUGUUCACCGAGGUCAACGCCUGCGAGCUCUGGAUCGAUGAAAAGGAGCAAUGGUUCAACAACAUGGAGGUCCCCGAGACACUGGAGGACCUUGAACUGGUCCAGCAGAGGUUUGAGAGUCUGGAGCAGGAGAUGAACAGCAUGUUGGUCCGGGUGGUGGAGGUGAAUGAAAUUGUGCAGCAGCUGGUGGAAAAUGGUCAUCCCAGUGCCACAGAGGUCAUGGGCUGUCAGGAUCACCUAAACAGCAGGUGGGCACAGAUCGUGCAGUUGGUUGAAAGCAAAAAGGAGAGCAUCGAAUCCCUGCUUCGCCUUCAGAAUUACUCGCUGGAGUGCAAUGAGAUCAAGUCACAGAUCAGUGAGAAGCGGAGGGCCAUCGAGUCGACGCAGUACCUGGGCAAUGACCUCGGUGGGGUGAUUGCACUGCAAAGGAAGCUGUCGGCCAUGGAGGGGGCCCUGAGUGUGAUCGAGCCCAAGCUGAUUGGCCUGCAGCUGGAGGCGGAGAGUUUAGCUGCUGCACACCCAGGGCAGGCGAUGGACAUCCUUAUCCGAUUUGAGGAGAUCAGUGAGGAGUGGGAGCAGCUAAAACGGGCCCUACAAGGCUGUGAGGACUCACUGAGUGUUGCUGGGAGGCUGCAGCAGUUCAUUCAGGACCUGGACAGCUUCCUAUCGUGGCUGGCUCGUACCCAGGGGGCCACUGUUUCCGAGGAGCUGCCCAACACACUGGCCGAGGCAGAGGCUCUGCUCCGGAACCACGAGGCGCUGAGGGAGGAGAUCGGCCAACAUGAAGAGGACUACCGCAAGAUCCUGGCCGUGAACGAGCUGCUGUCGCUGGGUGAAGCUGAGCUGCCGCUGCUCUCCAUCCAGCAAUGGCUACACAAACUGCAGCAUGGCUGGGCCAAGCUGCACCAAGCCUGGCAAUGUCGGCAUCAACUGCUGCUGCAGGCUCACAUUUACCAGCUCUUCCUCCGGGACGUCAGGCAGGCUGAAGGCUUCCUCAACAGCCAGGAGUCAGUGUUGGCCCAACUUGAGGUGCCAGUAUCUUUGGAGGCAGCGGAAACGGCGAUCAAGAGGCACCGGGAUUUCCUGGUGACUUUGGAAAUUAACCUGCAGAAGAUCAACACGGUAGUCGAGGCAGGAGGGCAGCUGGCAAAGGCUGGCAGCAUCUACCAGGAGAAGAUUGACGAUCAAACCAAGUCUAUCACCACCAGGAGCCAACAUAAUUACAAGCUGGCUCACGAUUGGUUAGAGCGCCUGGGUGUCCAGUGGGAGCUACAGCGGUUCCUCCAGAGCUGUCAGGAGGUGGGUAACGGUAUGUCAGCUAUCCAAGAGAAAGAAACUAGGAUAUGUCAGGAAAAGAUUCAAAAAGAAGGUCAACAACUGAUCAAGGAGAAACCUGAACUCGCCCCAGAAGUCAGGAAGAAACUGGAAGAGAUUCACGACUGCUGGAUUGUUCUGGAAAGCACAACACAGGCCAAGGCGAGGCACCUGUUUGAUGCAAACAAGGCAGAGUUGCUGGUGCAGAGCUAUGGCGAGUUGGACAAGAGGCUUUCCCAGCUGGAGGGGCAGCUGCAGGGGGUAGACGGAGCUAGAGACAUCGCCAGCGUCAACUCUCAGCUCCAGAAACUGCAGGUCCUGGAGAAUCAGAUGGAGGGCUGGUACAAGGAGGUUGGUGAAUUACAGGCCCAGGCUGCGACCCUGAACCAUGAUGGGGCGGGAAAAGAAGAGGUCACUGAGAAACAGAAUGUGGUUGAAGCACGAAUUGUGCGUCUGAUUGAACCAUUGAAGCAGCGGCGGAGGAUUCUCCUCGCCUCGAAAGAAGUUCACCAGGUGACGAGGGAUAUGGAGGAUGAGACUCUUUGGAUUCAGGAACGCCUGCCACUGGCAAAAUCCAAGGAUCACGGGAAUAACUUGCAAACAGUGCAGCUCCUUCAGAAAAAACUGCAGACUCUUCAGCGGGAGAUCCAGGGGCACCAGCCGCGGAUCAGUGAUGUGAUGGAGCGAGCAGGGCACAUUGCCUCCAUCCAGAGCCCGGAGACUGAAGCUGUACGCCUGAGCCUGGACCGGCUGCGGGAGCUCUGGGCUGAGCUCCAGGAGGAGACGCAGCAACGGCAGCAGAGACUGAUGGCGAUGCAGCAGGUCCAGCAGUAUUACUUUGAUGCCUCAGAGGUGGAGUCAUGGCUGAGUGAGCAAGAGCUGCACAUGAUGACGGACGAGAAAGGAAAGGAUGAACAGAGCUCCCUCCAGAUGUUGAAGAAACACCUCGUUCUCGAGCAGACAAUUGAUGAUUAUGCAGAGAACAUCUGCGAGCUCUCGAAGACAUGUAGAACGUUAUUGGACAAGGGCCAUCCAGAGAGGUAA